AUGCUACUCAGAUCCAAGAGGACAGCGGUACCUCUCCGAUUUGACUCGGACACGGUGGUCCCUAUGCACUUUUGGGAUGACGUGUAUGUGAAUCGGGACUUCACCUUAUGCUGGACUCUCCGCUUCACUCAAGUGUUGGACCCAGACAAAGUUCACCACGCGCUAGUCCGGCUCUUGGGCAUUGGGGACUGGAGGAAGUUGGGAGCACGGAUCCGUUUGAAUAAACAGACACGCAAACUCGAACUCCACGUCCCUGCAGAAUACACAAAAGAUCGCCCAGCCGUCGCAUAUAGCCACGUCAGCCAUGAUGUAGAUAUCGCGGAACAUCCUCUCGCAUCCAAAUUCCCUACGUGUACAUCCUCCACCCUCCCCUACAUACAUGACGGCCCUGCCAGCUUUCGCCAACUAGGUGCUAGGCCUGAUGCCCCCCAAAAGCUGGCCGACUACCUCAGCUCCGACGAACCAUCGCUUUCGCUACAUAUUGUCUCCUUUAGAGACGCGACAUUGGUAUCCCUCAACUGGUCUCAUACCCUUGCUGACGCUAUGGGCUGCCGCGAACUCAUUGCAGCAUGGUGCCUUGUGCUUGCCGGCAAAGAGGACCAGGUCCCACAAUUGAAGGGCUUUCAGGAGGACCCUUUAGCCUCAUUUGGUGCCUCUCGUCCAGGAGAACCAUACUUACUGGCAGACAAGGAACUCAAGGGGUUCAGGGGCCUCACAUUCAACAUCCGUUAUAUCGCUAGUCUUCUCUUUGGCCCCAAAGCCCUUUCCAAGACCAUCUGCGUCCCGGAAGCAUUCAUCGCGUCUCUUCGAAGCAGAGCACAGGAAGAGCUCACGGCCGGGUUGAACGAAGGUGCAAUUGACAAGACACAAGAUGGGAAGUUGCCACUAUUAAGCGACAAUGACAUCCUUGUUGCGUGGCUUAGCAGACUCUUCCUUAGCAGCUGCUCAAAGCGUUACGUCAUGAUCAAAAACAUUUUCGAGGUACGCACGCGCCUUGGCGAGCUCUUCGACCCUAACGCUGCCUAUGUCCAAAACACAUAUCUAGGCGCUUUCGUAAUCUCCAGACGGAAGCACUUCAUGAGCAAACCUCUCGGACACGCCGCUGCUGAAGUUCGGAAGGCCGUAUCCGAGCAGACAACGACCAAGCAGGCACAUGGCCAGGCAUAUCUCAUGCACCAGUCCAUUAAAAAGUACGGAAACAUACUCCUCUUUGGCGAGCCAAGCAGCGACUUCUUAGCGUUCACGAACUGGAGCAGGGCGCGAUUUUAUGACGAGAUUGAUUUCUCACCGGCCGUUGCAGGCGUGGAGGAUAGAGAUGAAAAGGGCCCCACCAUUAGCGCAACAUCGGGGAAGAGCCCUCUAGAAAGACAACAAUAA